AUGUCUCUGUUGCUGAAUCUGACUAUAUCGCUGUUGGUAGCACUGAACUGCCCCCCGAGGUUCGCGAUCCCUGCUGUGCUGUCUGCGGCGCUGUUCCCUGCGCUGUUCGUUACGCUUUCUACUGCGCUGUUCGGUGCGCUUUUUACCCCGCUGCCUGCUCCGAUGUCUGCCGCGAUGGCCGCUAUGAAGUCCGUUUCUGUGGUGGAUAUCCUCGCCUUCCUUUCCUCCGUUAAGGGCAUUCUACUGGGAGUGUUAGAAGUUGUUAUUACCGCGAAGGAGGUCUUGAGGGAAACAAAAGACGUGCUGGCGGUUACUAAAGAGGUCAUUACUAGCCUGGGAGAGCUAGUAACUACUGUGAAAGGCCUCUUCCAAUGGGCGCAAUGGGCGCUCCAGUGGGCGUCUCUAUGGGCGUCUCUAUGGGCGUUCCAGUGGCUUCAAUGGCUUCAAUUCACUCAGAAUUUGACGCGCCAAUGGGGUAAUCAACCAUCUCUUACUGAUCUCCCUUCUCCUCAAUGGAGACUUGUAAUCAAGCUUAAAUCACCCGAAUCUACUAUCUUUAUAAAUCAGCCUCUACUUCCCUUUUAG